AAAACACGCGAGAACCGCAGAGACAUUUCUGGGGCGUUCCAGCCCGUCUUUCUUCAGGAAAUCCUUGUUUUUCCGUCUGUGUACGUCGCAUGUCUCACCGUUCGGGUGAAAAUGACUCCGCAGAGGCAUCAUUUACGUCUGAGGUGAGCUCAUUUGGAAAACGUCGCGAUGAAAGGGUGAGUUUUAGACGUGGACUUGGUCGUUUGUCGACGUUCUCCUCGGCGGGGGUCCGCCCGUCAGACUGAGAACUCGUUGGGUGGCAGAAGGAAGCCACAGCACCACACGCAGCUGAUUUCAGCCCAACGCUGGUCUCUGACGCGUUUGUGCCUCGGGUCUAAGGCUCUGUUUGGUGAAAGCAGGAGAAUAGCUUCGUCUGCAGGUAAACAUCCAAACGAUAAACAAGUCACCUCCAGGCUGAGCCUCUUGAUGCUGGUCCAGUCCAGUGGCGUGUCCAGAUCUUUUAAAGUGGGGUGGCCCAGCACAGACUUUUGAAAACCACAGCGACUCCAGUGAAGAAGGAGCCAAACACCAUGUCGUGUCCCAGGCGUAGGAGUUUGGUCUGUGAACCAGACCCGGCCCCAGAACCCGGGUCUAGAUCCGUGCAGGAAUCACCUCUCAGAAGGCUGACCAUGUCGCACCACAGCCACAACCUUCUGGCUUUCCUGAACGAGGACCGAACCCGACAGAAGUUCUGUGAUGUGUCGGUGUCGGUGGGUGGGAAGGCCUACAGCGCCCACAAAGCAGUGCUGGCCCACGGCAGCAGCUACUUCCAUGCAGAGCUUUCCAAGGGCUCUGCUACAACGACCCACGUGACUCUGGACCAUGUGGAAGCUUCAGUCUUCCAGCAUCUGCUCGGCUUCCUGUACACCGCCGAGUGCAUCGUUGCAGAGACGGACCUACCAGCUCUAGCAGAAGCAGCCCGAUUCCUAGACAUGAUGGAUAUACUGAAGUUGUUAUGUGAUGAUGGGGAGACGAGUGCAGUCCAGGCCGGGACUAGAACUUAUACAGACGUGGACCCGUCCUCCACUGACCCAGCAGGGGCGGACCCGGAGAUCCACAGCUCCUCUGACGUGAAGUGCCCACAGGUCACCCACCAGUUCUCCCCACAGCACAGUUUAUGUGAGAGGACCGAUCUACCUGGAGAAGUCUCAAAUGAAGAAGAGAGCAGGUCAGGUCAAAAGAACGAAAGCACUCGGAGAUCUGCUCGUAGACGGAGGACACCCACCAAGUGUAAGAGGGAAGAUCUGAAGCACUGGACUCGAGAACAACAAAGAGCUUCACUACUGAGACGAAAAGAUAAAAACAACGCUGAAGAAGCUACAGAGUUGUUUGAGGAGAACCAGGAGCCAAAGCUGGAUGAGAGUGUGACCACCAAAGCAGUUAAGGGGGACAACAUGAUGGACGAGGAUGGGGAGGACGUUGAGCGGGGAGACGUUAACUUAAAAGUUGCUGAGGUUUCUGGGAGUGAUGGGUCACAUGCUGAGACCACAGAGCGCCAGGCUGAGCUGGAAGGUCACGCACCAGCAGCAGGAAGUUCGAGCCAGACUCCGGCGUAUCCCGAGGGGCUGGAGCCGGUAAUCAUCCAGACCUCCAGCAAGAAGACGCUCCAGUGUCCCAAAUGUGGAAAGACCUUUGACCGCACAGGUAAAUAUGAGAGUCACACCAGAGUUCACACAGGAGAAAAGCCGUUCCAGUGUGACAUCUGCCUCCAGUGCUACUCCACCAAGUCCAACCUGACCGUGCACAAGAAAAAGCACGCCAGCGACGCUCCGUUCUCCAAGAAGGAGCACAAGUGUCCCUUCUGUCAUAAACUCCACGCCAGUAGGAAAACCCUGGCUAAGCACGUCAAAAGGUUUCAUCCUGAGCAGACACAGGAAUUUUUGGCUGCAAGGAAAAAGAGAAGUGAAGGCUGGAAAUGUGCUAUUUGCUCAAAGACGUUCAGCCGCAGGCCUCACCUGCAGGAGCACAUGAUCCUGCACACUCAGGACCGGCCCUUUAAAUGCUCCUCGUGCGAUGAGUUCUUCAGAUCCAGGUUUGCGAGGCUAAAGCAUCAAGAGAAGUAUCACCUAGGUCCGUUUCCUUGUGAGAUUUGUGGACGGCAGUUCAACGACACGGGCAACAGAAAGAGACACAUUGAGUGCACACAUGGAGGGAAGAGAAAGUGGACCUGCUUUGUUUGUGGAAAGUCGGUAAGAGAGAGGACAACCUUGAGAGAGCACUUGAGGAUCCACAGUGGAGAGAAACCUCAUCUCUGUAGCAUCUGUGGUCAAAGUUUCCGUCACAGCAGCUCGUACAGGCUCCACCUCCGAGUCCACCACGAUGACAAACGCUACGAGUGUGACGAGUGCGGAAAAACCUUCAUACGUCACGAUCACCUGACCAAGCAUCAGAUAAUACACUCUGGUGAGAAAGCACAUCAGUGUGAAGAAUGUGGGAAGUGUUUCAGACGCCAAGAUCACCUGACAGUCCACUACAAAAGUGUCCAUUUGGGAGAAAAGAUUUGGCAGAAGUAUAAAACUGCUGUGCAUCAGUGUGAGGUCUGCAAGAAGGAGUUUAAAGGGAGGUCGAGUUUGGAAAUGCACUUCAGGACCCACUCAGGUGAGAAACCACACAAAUGUCCAGAGUGCCAUCAGACGUUUCGGAUCAAGAAGACUCUAACGAAGCACAUGGUGAUCCACUCAGACGCGCGGCCUUUUAACUGCCCUCACUGCAGCGCCACCUUCAAACGCAAAGACAAACUCAAGUACCACGUGGAUCACGUGCACAGUGUCCGGUUAGCUGAGCCGCCCCCCCGACAGGACGAGGUCAUCUCAGUUCCCUUUGAGGACGCCGCAAAUUCUUUCACCACUGACCCCAAGUCAGCCGCACAGAGCUCCUCUGACCCCACAAACGUCUGCGUACCUGUGACUUUGGUCUCCGUCCCUAUGGCGGGAGGAGAGCAGGGCAACCACAGGACAGGGUCUCACUCCUCCCAGACUCAAGGUGUUGUGAACAUGCAGGCCCACGGGUCACAGCAGAACUCCGCCUACCAGGCUGCGACAGAUCUGGCCUUCCUAGAAAAGUACACGCUCACGCCUCAGCCGGCCAACAUCGUGCACCCCGUCAGGUCCGAUCAGAUACUGGACCCCCGAGAGCAGUCCUACCUAGGCACGCUGCUGGGACUGGAUUCAGCCUCAUCGGUCCAGACCAGCUCUGACCACACUCACUGAUGCUAACUCAUUCACUGCCAGCGUUUUUGAGCGUUUUUACUGUUUUUUGAGGGGUCUGAAUAUUUAGCUCGAUGAUCAUGUAAACACCAAAACAAAGAGUGGACUCGCUCUUUACAUCUGGAUAGGGUUGUCACGGUAACCGGUGUAGCGGUGAACCUCGGUAAAAAAGUUGACAAUAAUAAUAACCGUCUUGUUUUUAAAACAUAUAUUAUCUCGGUGGGUUACCGUGGCUGCGGUGUAGGCGCGGUGACCCUUACCAGCCACCGUAUCAUCUGCUGAAGUUGCCGGCGGCACAUGCGCACUUUGUUGUUUACAACCAAAACUUUCUUGAAGCUAAAGCUGAAAUAAUGGCUAAAGGAGGAGACGGCAGCGCUCAGGACAUUUAUUAUCCCUCAAAGAAGACAAAGUGGGAAGUACGGGCAUCUUUUGGAUAUGUGAAGAAUGCCGAGGGACAGCUGAUAGAAGACGGCUAUCCUGUUUGCAGCACGUGCAGAAAAAGUGUCUGUGAAAGGCAGCAACGCUUCAAAUCUCAUGACACAUCUGCGUGACCAUCACCCACAACUCUACAGUCAACGCAAGGCAAGCUAACGUUAGCGUUUUAGCUAAAAUGCGUGAUACGAGGAUUUGGGUUGAGGGAGAAUGCAACGAGUCGCUAUAUAAAGCAGCCGCAGCGCCGCUACCUGCAUAUAAACCGUGUCGCGGACACCGCCAUGUUGAAAUGACGCUAUGCAUUACGGGGCUCCCAGGGGCAGAUAAGAGUUGGUCUCUCUCCGAGAAUAAUUAUGAAUUUAACCCUUUGAUGCAUAAUGGUCACUACAGUGGACAGGUACUCAAAAUUGUUAUUUAUUUAUUUUUGCUAUUAAGCACAGCUGUUGAAGACUUUAUUGCAUGUGAGCCCCUCCAUUUGGACUUCAGUAAGUCAAGCCACCAUAUUUCAUGUUCAGAAUGCACAUUGUCCACUGAGCUGGACAUGUAAUAAAUUAUUUGUAAAUUAACAAAAUGUUACAAAAAAAAUUUGUUGAAAUUUGUUUCAUUCACACCUAAAGAUGAAUGAAAAAAAUUGUUUAAAAAAUCAUGGUUGAAGAUUUCAUAAUUCAUGCAUCAAAGGGUUAACAAUGAUUACUGCCUGAUGACAUUUUCCCACAUCUGCAAAGCUCACUGGAAGGACACAAACCGAGGACAAUAUUUUCCUGAUAUAGGGUUUAUUACUCAAGUAAGGGUAAAAAAGUAUCUGAUUAGAAGGCUACUUGAGUACUGAGUAUCAUCUGGUCUAAUAUUUUUAAAAUGAUGACAUCAAACAGACAAAAAAUAAGAAGUUAUGGGCAAAUAUUGGUAUUUUAAAGACUAAAGGGAAAAAAUGUAAACAAAUAAACAACAUAAUUACAAAAUAACACAUUUUAGGCAAAAUUUAGACACAAACUGAGGACAAUAUUUUCCUGAUAUACAGGGUUUAUUUAGUUGUCUGAAAAUGUAACGUUUAAAAAAAAUACCUCGAUAAUACCGAAAACCGUGAUAAUUUUGGACACAAUAACCGUGAGGUUACAUUUUCACACUGUGACAACCCUACUUCUGGAAGAGUCGGUGCGUUUCUAGCGUGUUGCGUCCCUUCACAAUCUGUUCUCUAAGCUUUUUCCACAGCAGCGUCCCAAAACUGCUUCAUGGAUUUUCUGCUUCCUGAUCACGUGACAUGUGACACUCACGGAUGAAGAUCAGCUUUAGACACGUGAUGUUUAUUCUUACGGCGCAGCGGCUCGUUCCCACGCCGCCCCGUAAAAACGUGUAAUGGACAACUUUAGUCGUGAGCUAACAUUUCUUUUCCCUAAAGUAGUUUUUUAUUUUAUUAUGAUGUUUUUAAUAAAUUAUGAAAAGAACUGGUAAUUAUGAAAUGAAUGAUCCGUGGUUUUACAGUAAGCCUGGCUGACUGUUGGUCUCUGGAUGAACUAACUGUGUUUGAUUCAGUAAAACCAAAGAUGUCUUUA